UUGGGCAGUAAUAAACCGAAUCUCUUGAAGUCAGUAUCAUUGUGCUCUUCAUUAUGUGCAAACUCAUAGGGCUGAUGAGCAACAUAAUUAUGCUCCUUGCUCUGAUCACAGAAAUAGCCUCAAUGGUGGAAUUCACGAAUGUCAAGUGCACCUCCUGGGAUAACGCGUUCGAUAAUUUUGAGUAUUGCCAUCUGAAGUCGGUUAACCGGAGCUUUAAGUACUUGUCGCUCAAAGUAAACCUACACAAGCUUCCAAAGUUAAGGUUUGUAAACUUUUCUCUGCUCAAGCGUUACAAUGGCUACAAACCAUUUCUGUACAACAUCACUGUCGAUGCUUGUAAAGCCCUGAGACACCCGAAGUCCAAUCCGAUAUUUAAUUUCUUUCAUGGGCUGUUUAAAAAACAUUCCAACAUGAACCACACCUGUCCAUUCAAUCAUGAUCUAAUCGUUGAGAAACUGCCUACAAACUUUAUGAAUCAACAAGUGAGCGGGGACCUCAAGUUUCCCCACGGGGAUUACCUCUUCCACUCCGACUGGUAUGCAUACGGAAUUAAUCGCGCAACCGUAGAUUUCUUUUACUCACUUUCAUGA